AUGAUUUGUAUUCUAUUGCCCAGGUGCACUGUGGGAGAAAUUACAGACGCAAUGAAGAAGGUGUUUGGAGAACACAAGGCCAGUGAUCGAAUGGUGAGUGGAGCUUACCGCCAGGAGUUUGGAGAGAGUGAAGAAAUAUCUUUCACUUUAAAAAGAGUGCAAUGUUUCAUAGACCGAGAGGGACGAAGACCUCGUCUGCUUGUGGCAAAAAUGGGGCAGGAUGGCCAUGAUAGGGGAGCAAAGGUUAUUGCCACUGGGUUUGCUGACCUUGGAUUCGAUGUGGACAUUGGUCCCCUUUUCCAGACUCCACGUGAGGUUGCUCAGCAAGCCGUGGAUGCAGAUGUGCACUGUGUGGGAGUGAGCACGCUGGCUGCCGGUCAUAAAACUCUUGUUCCUGAACUCAUCAAAGAGCUGAGUGCCGUAGGACGCCCAGAUAUUCUGGUUAUCUGCGGAGGUGUCAUCCCACCUCAGGACUAUGACUUCCUAUAUAAUACUGGAGUCUCCAGUGUGUUUGGACCAGGAACCCGAAUUCCCAGCAGCCGUCCAGGUGAUCGAUGAUAUUGAACGAAGCUUGGAAAAACGACAGCAGUCUCUUUAA